AAAUUCUUGCGCACUGCACUGUCUCUGCCUGACUGAUUGACCGGUGUUUUUACGCUUCCACUGAUACUUCAACCGGUCUGUUGUUUUGGGUGAGCGUGAGGAGACAAACCUGAAAAUCCAUCUUAAUACUUGGAUUUCUGGACUAACGUUACGUCCAGCCGAAGAUACAAGUGAAUGCCAUGUCACGACCAAACACCUCCCCAAAACCAACCAUGUCCCACAACAGACAGUCGGGCUCUUACAGGGGGAAAGGACUGAAAGACAUCCGCAUCGAUGAAGAGGUUAAAAUAGCGGUGCACAUUUCUCUGGAGCGAUUUCAGUACAGUGACCAAAAAGAAAUGGAAUUUCCUUCCUCCUUGACCAGCACUGAGAGGGCAUUCAUACAUCGCUUUGCCCAGUCACAGGGAUAUAUUUCAAAAAGCCGUGGGAAGGGGUCAAACCGGUUCCUUACUAUAAGGAAGAAGGACGGCUCUGAAUCCGCUCAGUCCAUCAUGACCUUCAGUCUCAGCCCCUGCUCCAAACAGGUGGUCCGGAACCUUCUCCAGAGGUUUCCAAUGACAAACAAAGAGAUCACAGACCUGCUCCCGCGUACUGAACGAGGGAUAUCUGUUGCUUUGGAAGCUGGUGAUAAUGGCCGGGACAAGAACAGGACGAGCGGGCGGUUAAACAACGGCAUCCCUCAGGUACCCCCCAGGAGAGGGCAGUCAGAGUUGGACCACUUUCGUCGCUCCUUGCCCGUGUACGAACGUCAGGAGGAGAUUGUGAAGAUCAUCAAGGAUAACCGUGUAAUUCUGGUUUUGGGUGAGACCGGCUCUGGCAAGACUACUCAGAUUCCCCAGUUCCUACUGGACGACUGCAGCCGUAACGGGAUCCCCUGUCGCAUCUUCUGCACUCAGCCACGGCGCCUGGCGGCCAUCGCUGUGGCAGAGAGGGUGGCCGCCGAGCGAGGAGAGAGUAUCGGCCAGACCAUUGGUUACCAGAUUCGCCUAGAGAGCAGAGUUUCUCCCAAGACUCUACUGACGUUCUGCACCAGUGGGGUCCUGUUACGGACCCUGAUGGCAGGGGAUGCUACCCUCUCAACAGUUACACACGUCAUAGUGGACGAGGUCCAUGAGCGAGACGGCCUGAGCGACUUCCUCCUGACGAAGCUGAGGGACCUGCUGCAGAAGAUGCCCACACUGAAGCUCAUCCUCUCCAGCGCCGCUCUGGACAUCGACCUCUUUGUGCGCUACUUCGGCACCUGUCCCGUCAUUCACAUUAAAGGAAGGCCAUUUGAGGUCAAACAGCUUUUCCUGGAGGAUGUUUUACGGACCACUGGCUAUGCAAACAAAGACAUGCUGAAGUACAAAAAGGAAAUGCAGAAAGUGGAGAAGCAGCAGACGUCGCUGACGGAGUGGUGUAAGAUACGCGAGGGUGUUCCCAGACAAGAGACCCAGAGAGACAAGAUGGCCGCCCGCAUCCUCCAUGAGAACGACCUGCUGGACGAUGGAGGGGAUGGCGUCUUCAGUCAGCUGAAUGAGAAAGAUGUGGCAUCACUAGACCCCUGGUUACUGAAGGAAAUGGAUGCCUGCAUCUCGGACAUCUUCCUUAAUGAAGACAAUGAUGCCUUUGUCCAACUCUUCAACCUCAUCCUGAGUGAGAACGUCAGUGUGGACUACAGGCACAGCGACACGAGCACCACCCCUCUGAUGGUGGCGGCGGCGCGGGGCUUCAUCAGUCAGGCGGAGCAGCUGCUCAGCAUGGGGGCCAGCAUCUCCCUCAAGGCCUCCAACGGAUGGACUGCACUUGACUGGGCAAAGCAUUUCAACCAGGCUGAAGUGGUGGAUCUCCUGGAGGCCUUCAUCUCCUCCCAGGAGGCCGGGGGUAAGCAGGACGAGUCAUCGCUGGUCAAGUCGUCCAGUGCGGAGCUGAACGCAGAGGACCAGGAGCUGCUGAAGGUGUACCACCACAGCUUCGACGACGAGAAGGUGGACCUGGACCUCAUCAUGCACCUGCUCUUCAACAUCUGUCAGAGCUCAGAUGAAGGUGCGGUGUUGAUCUUCUUGCCGGGAUAUGAUGAGAUCGUCAGCCUCAGGGACCGCAUCCUCUACGAUGAUAAAAGAUUUGCCGACCAGCCUCAAAGGUAUCAGGUGUUCACUCUACACUCCAACAUGCAGACCUCCGACCAGAAGAAGGUGCUAAAGAACACACCUGUUGGUGUUCGGAAAAUUAUCCUGUCAACGAACAUCGCUGAGACCAGCAUUACAGUCAACGAUGUAGUGUUUGUUAUUGAUUCUGGAAAAGUUAAAGAGAAGUCCUUUGAUGCCCUGAAUCAUGUGACCAUGCUGAAGAUGGUGUGGAUCUCUAAGGCCAGUGCGACACAGAGGAAGGGAAGAGCGGGGCGCUGUAGACCUGGCAUCUGCUUCCACCUGUUCAGCCGCCUGCGCUUCGACAACAUGCUGGAGCACCAGGUGCCGCAGCUACUGAGAAUGCCUCUACAGGAGCUGUGCCUGCACACUAAGCUGUUGGCCCCCAUCACUUGCCCCAUAGCGGAGUUCCUCUCCAGAGCCCCCGAGCCCCCACACACUCUCAGCGUCAAAAACGCAGUGCAGAUGCUCAAGACGAUCGACGCCAUGGACCCAUGGGAGGACCUGACGGAGCUGGGCUACCACCUGGCCGACCUACCCGUGGAGCCGCACCUGGGCAAGAUGGUGCUCUGUGCGGUGGUGCUCAAGUGCCUGGACCCCAUCCUGACCAUCGCCUGCACACUGGCGCACCGCGACCCCUUCGUGCUGCCCAGCCAGGCCUCGCAGAAGAGAGCUGCCAUGCUCUGCCGCAAGCGCUUCACCGCUGGCACCUUCAGCGACCAUAUGGCCCUGCUUAGGGCAUUUCAGGCGUGGCAGAAGGCUCGUAGUGACGGCUGGGAGCGCUCCUUCUGUGAGAAGAACUUCCUGUCUCAGGCCACCAUGGAGAUCAUCAUUGGCAUGAGGACACAGCUACUGGGACAGCUCAGGGCCAUAGGUUUUGUACGUGCGCGAGGUGGCGGAGACAUCCGUGACGUGAACCUGAACUCUGAGAACUGGGCGGUGGUCAAGGCGGCGCUGGUGGCGGGCAUGUACCCCAACCUGCUGCACGUGGACCGUGAGAGCGCCGCCCUUAUGGGCGCCAAGGAGAAGAGGGUCCGCUUCCACCCCACCUCCAUCCUCAGCCAGCCGCAGUUCAAGAAGAUGCCUCCAGCCAAUGGGCAGGUGGCGGCGGUGCAAUCUCUGCCCACUGAUUGGCUGAUUUAUGAUGAGAUGACGCGCGCCCACCGGAUCGCCAGCGUGCGCUGCUGUUCGACCGUCACCCCGCUGACAGUGGGCAUCUUUGGGGGCUGCGCCAAGCUGCCCAGCACUGCCCUACAAGAGCCCACGGUGCAGAGAGAUGACAUGAAUGAGAGUAGUGACAGUGAGAUGGAGGAUCGCUCCACCGCUCACCUGGCUCAGAUGAAGAUCGACGACUGGCUCAACUUCAAACUGGACCGGGAGACGGCUAACCUAGCCUUCCAGCUCCGGCAGAAGUGGCACGGCCUAUUCCUGCGGCGCAUCCGCGCACCCUCCAAGCCCUGGUCGCAGCUGGACGAGUCCACCCUGCGGGCACUGGUGUCGGCAAUGGCGGCCGAAGAGCAGGCGGCCGGCCUGCAGCAGCCCACGGGCAUCGGGCAGCGCCCGCGCCCCAUGGCCUCCGAUGAGCCACCCCAGCCCUCCUCCUGGAGGACCGCCCAGAGCCGCAGGGGUCCAGGGGGCGACCACGAACCUGCCGACGAGCCCAGCGUCUCCAUAGACAGACCUCCAAGGUCCUGUCCGUCUCCAGCUAUGCUCCCACUGAAGGGCCCACGUGAGAAGGGAGCGACACACUCGAAGCGCCCAGAGGACCACAUACCCAAAGCGGGAGGCGAGAGUCCCGGUACCAGCCCAACAUCUACGUCCUCAGGAAAGUGCUCAAAGUCCUCCAGUCCGCGUACCGUGUCGUCGGUGCGCUACUUCAUCAUGAAGAGCAGCAACCUGCGCAACAUCGAGCUCUCCCAGCAGAGGGGCAUCUGGUCCACCACGCCCAGCAACGAGCUCAAGCUCAACCGCGCCUUCCAAGACAGCAGCCUCGUCUUCCUCGUCUUCUCUGUCCAAGGCUCUGGACAUUUCCAGGGCUAUGCCAGGAUGGUAUCGGAGAUUGGUCAGGAGCGGUGCCAGGACUGGGGCUCAUCAGGGCUGGGAGGCGUGUUCAGCGUGGAGUGGAUCCGCAAAGAGAGCCUGCCCUUCCAGUGCACGUACCAGCUCCUUAACCCCUGGAACGACAACAAGAAGGUGCAAAUCAGCCGUGAUGGACAGGAGUUGGAGCCUCAAGCUGGAGCUCAGCUGUUGAAGCUGUGGGAACGUCUCUAAGGUAGAACUCAAAAUGCCUGAAAUUAAAAGGCCUGAAGGUGCAAGCCCUUCGUGAAUGGACCCCUUUUCUCUCGUUUUGUGUGUGUGAGGCACGUAGCGUUACCAGAGCGUUAUAUGAAGUCGUGCAAUGGACUGCUCCGGUGCAGUUUUGGUUCCUGAAGCACGAUAGUGGCGUUCAGAGUCACUAUUGUGAGCCACGGCACCAACGGGUAAUUCCUCUGGGUGCACAUACUUGAAUUAUUGUUCAGAACUGUGGUUCCUGUUUGAAGGUUCUCACGUAAGCGUUCCGAUUUAAGUUUCCAAUACCUUACUUUGGCCUAGUUGUACUUUGUUGUCAGUCUUGGGUCAAGAGUUGGCUGAUUAAGUUAUGCAGAAAUCAAAAGCAGUAAGACCUGAUAGACGGACAGUGAUUAAGCAAGGCAUCAUUUCAGAGGAGGCCUUUGAGCCAGAGAUGUCCUUGAUUCACUUCUUUGCUAUUGAAGCCUUUAAAAAAAACACUAUGAACUGGAAAGCAACUUUGUGCUAAGAUUGAGAUUGUUGUAAUGAAUUGCACUUGUAAUCAGUCUCGAUGGUCUGUUUUUUGGUGCAGAUGAUGAAUUAGAGAAUAAUGCAGGUUUGUACACGGAGUCGGGGGGUUAAUAUAUUUUGCCUGUUCUCUGGCAGAAAUACUUUUGCCUCAUUCUCUCUUUAUUGAGUUUAUCAAAGAUUUAUCAGGUCUUUGUGAAGAGAAUUACCAUUUUUAAGCUUAUCUACCUAUCUAUGAGUUAAUGUGUUACCUCAUGUAUAGUAAUUGAUUACUUUAAUACAUUUCAGGAGAUCACAUGUUUACACUGUUCCUUUAAACGCUGACUGUGUAGUAAGCAGACCACUAUGUCUCUGUUGAAUUGAGUUGUAUCUCGUGUUGUAUUAAAGUUAAAGAUUUAGGUUUUCAAAAAAUUUUCCUUGUGAUUUUUUUUAACUGCAGUUUUUACUUUUUUUUGUUUUUCAAUGAAAAAUUGGAAAAGAGUUGGUUUACAGUGCCAGUGCAAGAAAAGAUUUAUUUGCUACAUAUUUACACCCAUUGUACAAUGCAUAUUUUCAAAGCAUUAAAAAUGACAAAAUUCUG